GUCUCAUUCUGCAUGUAGAUCUGGGUUUUGUCUCUUGUUUGUGUAGGGGAUGCAUAAAGUUUGUAUCUUUCCUCCAUUUUUCAUUCCGUGGUUGAUCUUACCACACAGUUUGAAAAUGGGGCUAUAAAAUCUGGUUCUAUUUUCGUGGAUUUCACCGGUGUUCAAUUUUGAAAAGCUUGUCACACGGUUUCUGGGUUCAUGUUACAAAAAUGAAACAUUUUUUUUUUUGUCUUGAAACAUGAAAGAGCUGUGAAAUUAUAGCUGUCUGGAUUGCACAUUUGAUCAUUUAUAAUUAUUAUUUGUUUUGUUGACGACAUGAUGGAUUUGGAAAAAUUGCUUAAAUUUUAGUUUUAGUGAGCGAAUUUAUAGGAUGCUUAAAGGGGUUAGUAUUAUAGUUUGUUGCUGGUCAAUGGAGGCUCAAGUGUAACGUUGCACUGUGGAGUAAAAGGGAGGAAAGGUCUAAAACAAAUUUGGAAAAGUUGGAAGAUGGUUUUCCGUUAAUUAUAUUCUACUAAUAAUUAUUUUGGGACAAGGGGUUCUAUUUAAUUCUAUUUGUUAAUUUAUUUUUGGUUUUGAAUUUGGUAGGUGGUAGUGGCGUUAGUUUACUUGGAGUUUCUUUGAAGGGAUUAUGUGCGGUUUGUUUGUUGGGUUUUUUGUUGAAUGCUGAUCCGAGAUUACUAUUGCAGGAAGUGUGGGUCAGGGGCUUUGAAGUAGAGGUUCUUUAUCACCCCAGAUAUUAAAGUAUGCAGACGCCAAAAGCAAGAACUGGUGCUUCAGAAGUGCCCCAAAGGAAGUCUCCUGCAUCUCCGAAGCAAGCAAGUAAGACACCAAAAGAUAGAAGCCCAAAGGUCACAGAACGCAGGUCACCAAGAAGUCCAAUAGCUGAGAAGAAGAAACCAAAUAGGGUCCAGGAAUUAGAGUCUCAACUCGCUCAACUUGAAGAAGAUCUAAAGAGAACUAAGGACCAACUCAACUCAUCUGAGUCAUGGAAGAGGAAAGCUCAGCAGGAGGCUGAAGAAGCAAAGAAGCAGCUUUUAGCCAUGUCAAAAGAUCUAGAGGAAUCCCAGCAACAGCUUAUGGAACUAUCUGCUUCUGAAGAGGAACGGCUCCAAGAACUCCGAAAAAUUUCUCAGGACCGCGAUCGAGCAUGGCAAUCCGAACUGGAGGCUGUCCAGAAGCAGCACUCAAUGGAUUCAGCUGCUCUUGUGUCUGCAAUGAAUGAAAUCCAGAAACUGAAAAUUCAACUUGAAAGAGUACGCGAAUCUGAAGCUGUUCAUAUUAGCAAUGCUGAGUCAGACAAUGCUGAGAUUGAGGACUUGAGAAUGGAGCUUGAUGAAGCACUCACUCUGGUGGAAAAGAUGAAAAAUGAGGUGAGGGAUUGUAAAGAAUCUGAAUCUCGGGCUUUGGAAGUAGUUGGCAAAACUCAAAUGCAAUUGGAAGCAGCAAACAAGACUGUGGAAACACUCCAGUUAGAAGGAGUGAAAGCGUCAGAAGAGUUCAAAUCCUUAGCUUUAGAGCUGGAGCAAUCAAGAGCUCAAGUGAAAUCAUUGGAGGAACUUGCUAGCAAACUUCAGGCUGAUUUGGUUGGUGGUGCUAACAAAAAUGUGUUAGGUCCAGCCAAUGAAGCAGAGAAAGAUGUAGAAAAUGAGGAGAUAAACCAGCUUAAAGCUGAGCUUGUUUCUGCCAAAUCUGAAGCAGCGCAAUUAAAGUCUGCGCUGGAUGUUUCUGAGGUUCGUUACCAAGAAGAGUAUAUUCAAAGCACAUUGCAAAUUAGAAGCGCUUUUGAGCAAUUAGAGCAUGCAAAAUCAGAAUCUUCUCAGAGGCAGGGUGAAUUAAAUGAGGAAUUGAAGAGAGCUAAAGCGGAUAUUGAAGAGUUAAGGGUGAGGCUGAUGGACAAGGAAUCUCAGUUGCAGGGUUUGUCAGAGGAGAAUGAGAUGCUCAUGUCAAGGAUCAAGCAAAACCAACCUGGUGAGAGAGAAUCUGAACCUGUGGUGGAGCUCAAAAAAUUGGAUGCUGAUAUGGCUGAGUUGAAGGAAAGAUUAUUGGACAAAGAGACAGAACUGCAAAAUGUGACUGAGGAAAACAAUGCACUCAAGAUGGAAAUAAAGAGGGUGGAGUUACAGAACAAUAAAAUCCCUCAUGAGGCUGUUGCUUCUGCUGAAGCAGCAAGGGCUGCAGAGCGCGAAGCUUUGAUGAAACUAGGCUACAUGACAGAAGAAGCUGAUAAAAGUAACAGAAGGGUUGCACAGGUAACCGAGCAGUUAGACUCCGCGCAGGCUGCGAAUUCUGAGUUAGAGGCUGAGUUAAGGAGGUUGAAAGUGCAGUCAGAUCAGUGGAGAAAAGCGGCCGAAGCAGCAGCUGCUAUGAUUUCUGCUGGAAACAAUGGAAAGUUUGUGGAACGAACUGGUUCACUUGACAAUAGCUACAAUUCUAUUACUGCCAAGAUGAGUUCACCUUAUUCAGAAGACACAGAUGAUGACUCGCCCAAGAAGAAAAAUACUAACAUGUUGAAGAAGAUUGGAGUGUUGUGGAAGAAGAACCAUUGAUGUGUCACAUGUGUGUAUAUGUUUUUCAGGUAUCCUGUGGUGUGGUCACCAUUCGAGCAAACCUUGGGGGACAAUUUGCCUAAAGAAGAUUGUGCAACAAAUAUUUUAAAGUUAAGAAGGUUGUGUAAUAUUUUCAAGUUGCUAAAUGAGGUUUAGUGGUUCCACUUGCUGCUUGCUACGGUUUUGUAAUUGUGCAGUGAGUGUUUAUAGGCCAGGCCUUACAUGUAUUUGUUCUUUCUACCAAAUUUCAAUUUCAUGUUACACAUUACUAGACUCUAUAGUAAGUAGUAAGAAACCCAACUCUAGGGGAAAGAUUGUUUCAAUCUUGUUAUUUGAGACUAAUGUCAUGUCAAUAUUGUUGGUGGGCAACUUGCAACAAAGUAUAUAUCCAUCAUGAUUCAUGUGUUA